CACCGACUGUGGCAGCACGUGGAAGAACUUUUAAAAUGUCAACAGAAGACAGCAAACAGCCGUCCUUUAAGAACCUAACGUCGAAGAACUAUGCCGUUCCAAAAGAACAUCAACAUCUGCCUUUGCAGGAACUGACCAAACCACAUGUGGAGUCAUUCAACUUUUUCAUGAAAGAGGGCUUAUCCAUAGCAGUCAAGAACAUCCCUUCUACAGAAUUUGCCCUACCAAAUGGAGACCGGGUCAGGUUUAAGUUGUUGGAUGCUACCUUAUAUGAACCCAGGGUUUCUCAGGGCAAUCAUUUCGCGGCAACACAGAAGGUGUACCCUGCAGAGUGUCGAGAGCGAGGCGUCACGUACCGAGGGGUUCUACAUAUACAGCUGAUGUGGUCCGUCAACGACAACAUUAGUGGGACGUUAGACAAGGAAAUUGGAUACAUCCCCAUCAUGGUCAAGUCAGAUGGCUGUAACUUGAGUAAACUAGGUCCAGCAGACCUGAUAAAGAGAGGCGAGGAAGCAGAGGAGAUGGGAGGAUACUUUGUAAUUAACGGACUGGAGAAGGUGAUCAGGAUGCUUGUAAUGCCAAGACGUAAUUUUCCCACCUGUAUGAAGCGCCCCUCAUGGAAGAACCGUGGCAAGCAGUAUACAGAAUUUGGUGUGUCUAUCCGAUGUGUUCUGGACGAUCAGAGUGGCAUCACCAACAUCCUCCACUACCUUUCUAAUGGGAUGGCAACACUUAGUUUUACCUACAACAAGGAGAUGUUCUUUGUACCAGUCGUCUUCAUUCUCAAGGCCCUGGUGAAGGUCACAGACAAGUACAUCUAUGAUGAACUGAUUCAGGGCAAGGAAGACGACUCCUACUAUAAGGGGUGUAUGGUAGCUAUGUUACGACAGGCACAGGAUGAGGGCCUCCUCACACAGUCCAGCAUCCUGAAUCUCAUCGGCGAGCGUUUCCGCAUCAAACUUGAUCUUCCGAUAUGGUAUACAGAAACUGAGGUUGCUAACUACCUUCUAAAACACUGCAUAGCAAUUCACCUGGAAUCCAACACUGAUAAGUUCAACCUGUUGUUAUACAUGACGCGGAAGUUGUUUGCGUUCGCGCGGGGAGAAUGUGCCGAGGAGAGCCCUGACAAUACCAUGUACCAGGAGGUGUUACUCAGCGGUCAUCUCAUGUGUAUGUUUGUAAAGGAGAAGAUCCAUGACUGGGUGAGAAACCUAAAGAUGCAGGUGGAGAAGGAAGCUAAAGUAAAAGACAAGUCAGGCAACAAGUACAAUGUAGAUGAUGGUUCCCUGCAAAACUCUAGUCGUCGUGUCCCGUCCAUUUCCAGGCCAGUGGAGUAUUUAAUGACAACAGGAAACCUCUUAUCUCGGACUGGUCUAGGACUGAUGCAGGUAUCUGGUCUGACCAUUGUUGCAGACAAGCUGAACUUUUUGCGAUACAUUUCACACUUCCGAUGUAUACAUAGAGGCUCGUUCUUCGCGGAAAUGAGAACCACUGCCGUCAGAAAAAUGUUACCAGAAUCAUGGGGAUUUAUUUGUCCCGUACACACCCCUGACGGUACUCCCUGUGGCCUGAUGAAUCACAUGACAGCCCUCUGCAAGAUCGUGAACAAAAUCUACAGUAACGUCCACCUGCCAAAGUUACUGUGUUCCCUGGGAGUGACCCCUUUAGACGCCCCACCCAUGGGAAAGUACAAUGACAACUACCGAGUCAUCGUGGAUGGGAAAAUCAUUGGCAAUGUACAUUACAGUUUGGCGGAAAGCGUGGCACAAAAAAUUCGGGUCAUGAAAGUUGAAGGUCUUAACAAGGUACCCCCGGUGACAGAGAUCGGGUUUGUGCCUCGCACCGAGUUUGCCAGUCAAUAUCCAGGUCUCUUUAUCUUUACGUCACCGGCACGGAUGGUGCGACCUGUCCGGAACCUAAGUCUCAAGAAAAAUGAAAUGAUUGGCACAUUUGAACAAGUCUAUAUGGACAUCAGCUUGAAUGAUGAGGAAACACACCAGCACCAAAAGAGGGUGACCCACCAGGAGCUCACAGAAAUAGCGAUGCUGUCGACGGUGGCCUGCCUCACACCUUUCUCCGACUUCAACCAAAGUCCCAGGAACAUCUACCAGUGUCAGAUGGGUAAACAGACAAUGGGUACUCCCGGUCACGCCCUGGGUCAUAGGGCAGACAACAAGCUGUACAGAAUACAGACUCCUCAGUCACCAAUGGUCCGCCCCUACAUGUACGACUAUUACAACGUUGACGAGUACCCUGUAGGAACCAACGCUGUGGUGGCCGUCAUCUCUUACACUGGGUAUGACAUGGAGGACGCCAUGAUUCUGAACAAGUCAUCGUUUGAGAGGGGCUUUGGACACGCAACAAUUCACAAAGCAGAGAUAAUAAGUUUGGCAGCCAAAGACAAUUCAAGCCGUGGCCAGAAUUCAAAUCUCGUCUUUGGCUGUAAAGGAGCAGAUAUGAAGCGCAUAGAGGGCAAAUUGGACAGUGACGGCCUACCCAAUAUUGGAGCUUAUCUACAGGAAGGGGACCCCUACUACAGCUACUACAACCUACAGACCGGGGAGUCCAAGGUGGAGCGGUACAAAAACGCUGAGCCUGCCCACGUAGACUACAUAAAGAUUCUGGGCAAUGACCUAGGUACCAGCGAGCUCAAUAAAGUCUGCAUUGGGCUUCGGAUCAAGAGAAAUCCAAUCAUAGGAGACAAAUUUGCCAGUCGACACGGCCAGAAAGGAAUUUGUAGUAUGCUGUGGCCGGUGGAGAACAUGCCUUUUACAGAGAGCGGGAUGACGCCGGACAUUCUGUUCAACCCGCACGGCUUCCCAUCCAGAAUGACCAUAGGUAUGAUGAUAGAGAGUAUGGCGGGUAAGUCCGCGGCCAGUCAUGGCCUUUGUCAUGAUGCUACACCAUUCAAGUUUUCUGAAGACCAGCCAGCGAUCGAUUACUUCGGAGAUAUCCUCACUAAAGCUGGCUAUAACUACUAUGGGACAGAGCGUAUGUACAGCGGGUCAAGUGGACUGGAGUUAGAAGCCGACAUCUUCAUAGGAGUGGUGUACUACCAGCGUCUACGGCACAUGGUUUCUGACAAAUUCCAGGUGAGAUCUACAGGUCCUGUUGACCAGUUGACCCACCAACCAGUGAAGGGCAGGAAGCGUGGGGGAGGGAUCAGAUUUGGGGAGAUGGAGAGAGAUGGAAUGAUCGCUCAUGGCACAGCGUUUCUCUUACAGGACCGCCUCCUUAACUGUUCUGAUAAAUCUAUGGUCCAUGUUUGUACAAAGUGUGGUAGUAUGUUAUCUCCCCUGUUGGAGCGGCCGGUGACGGCAGUGGCGGCGUUCACCUCGGAAAUGAGGCGUAAAUGGACAUGCAUGUUGUGUAAACGCUCGGACACUAUCAACGUUAUCACUGUGCCUUUUGUGUUCCGAUACUUAGUGGCAGAACUGGCGGCCAUUAACAUCAAAGUACAGCUGGAGGUCAAAUGAAACUGUAAAGGUCAAUUAAAGGUCGUGUUACUUUGCUGAUGACCAUGUCAAUGUCAUGUUUUCAGUUGUGCAAUAGUAAAGUGGUCAACAAUGGUCUACUGCAUGGUUAUGAUACGAUAAAUAUUAAAACUAUUGGCUGUAUCAAUUCCAGCAGUCAAAACAGAUAAUGUCAAGGUUAUACUUGUCAGAAGAUUCCAUCUAGGUCAUACCUGUCGAAAGAUUUAAUCUAGGUCAUACCUAUCGAAAGAUUUAAUCUAGGUCAUACCUGUCGAAAGAUUUAAUCUAGGUCAUACCAGUCAGUAGAUUCAACCGAGGUCAUACCAGUCAGUAGAUUCAAUCUAGGUCAUACCAGUCAGUAGAUUCAAUCGAGGUCAUACCAGUCAGUAGAUUCAAUCGAGGUCAUACCAGUCAGUAGAUUCAAUCGAGAUCAUACCGGUCAGUAGAUUCAAUCGAGGUCAUACCAGUCAGUAGAAUCAAUCUAGGUCAUACCAGUCAGUAGAAUCAAUCGAGGUCAUACCAGUUAGUAGAUUCAAUCGAGGUCAUACCUGUCGAAAGAUUCAAUCGAGGUCAUACCAGUCAGUAGAUUCAAUCUAGGUUGUACAGGUCAGUAGAUUCAAUCUAUGUCACACUGAUCAGAAAACUCCUGGUAAGACUUUUCAGAGAUCAUACCUAUCACAGAAGUCAAUGUGAAUCUGAUGGUACAUCAUGCUGUAUCUGUAAUUGAAUGUUCAAUGAAUAAUGAAAUCUUCCCCUACUUUGAGGGUGUGACAGAGAAAUCUCCAACCCAAAGGAUAAUAUUCCUGAUUGUCUUACCCUAGGCUUUAGGUAAGGCAAUCAAGAAUAUCAUCCCAAAGAUUUGAGAUUUCUCUGUCACAGCCUCAAAUCAGGCAUCUGAUUUUUCUCCCAUCCUGUUUCACUCACAAAUCCGCCGAAAGCGUUGAUUGCAUGAAAUAUAAGCACUGAUUGCAUGUUUUUCCAGCAAAUCCAGAGUUGUAUUACAUGGUCUGCUACUGUUGACGUGACCUCAAUGCAUUGAUGACUUGAUGUCAUACUAUUGUUAUGAGGCUAUCUCCCCCUAGGGGGUGACAAGCUGAUCUUUUCUGGCUUAAAAGGGAGACACGCCUGUGAAGAGUGGGAGAAAGAUGUCAUAGUAACAAGGUAAUUCCUGAAGAUAUCGUGAUACUACAAUGUAGUACAUCGAAGUGUUAACGGAAUUCCAAAUAGAAGUCAUAUGUUAUGACGGUAAGGGACUUUAACAAAGCAUUAAUGAUCUUUCAAAAUGUUUACAGAUACUCAUCCAUGGUUAUAACGGUCAACAGAUCCUAGCCGUAGUUCAGGAUUUGUCGGGCUGCUCAUGGAAUUCUGGGAAGAAUUCUUUAUGUAUCAUAUUGCUUUAGGUAAUUCCAACUAAAGCAUGUUCUGGUUAUACACUCUAGCUUGUCAUUUUAUCCCUCACAACAAAAGUAGAGAUGGUAUACCGUAAAUAGAUUGUUAGUCGGUCUAUCUUGGCAAACAGAUUCCUAAAUUUAUAAGUCAAUUUCAACAAAACUUUGUAAGCCUGAUCAGUACAUCAUAUUACUGUAUACUUAACAUUUGUAUUUCGGUUUUGACUUUAUUUUUAAGAGUUAUUGCCCUUUCUGUAAAUCGACAACUUUAAUUGUUUGGAUUAUAGACAGCCACAAUGGCUUCUGAUUAGCAGAGACAAUAAGCGUUUAUAACUUGAGUUCUAUAGGUCAGCUUUAUUGAUAGAUUUUGCGAGCGAUACAUACAGGGGGAAAUUUAUAACAAAAGGCCAACUUUUCAAUUUCAGAAUACGAGAUUGCCACCAAGGCAUAUGAUAAGCCGAGACAAUAACAGUUAUAACAUAGAGUCUGAUUGGGCCGACAUUGUUGAUACUAUAUGUAAGUGAUAUAUAGGAAAGAAAAUGCAUAUUAACAGAUCAACUUGCAAAUUCAAGGGUUCAAGAUUGCAGCUACAUGUAUAGUAUCUGAUCAUAAAUGCUUCAAUGGUUGAUAUUGGGUAUUAGUUUGUCCGCUCCUUACAUUUCUAUUGAUCCUCGGCCUGUUCAGCGUGUAAAUGUAGAAUGUCUUAAACAGGGAGCCUGCUGGAAAUGAAGACAUUCAUUUAGGGAGUGUCUGUACUGUAAUUACAAACAUGUUUCAGAUAAUGCAAAUGCUGUUUUCAAAGCUGUUAUGUUUUAUAAGAAAUUGUUAAUUAAAUAUGUUACA